UAGACAACGGGUCCUCACAUAAUUUCAUCAAUACCGACUUGUCCCAGAAGCUGAACUUACCAACCAAGAAUAUCAAACCUUUUGAUGUACGAGUAGCCAAUGGUGAGAGGCUGCAAUGCACUGAAUCCUUCCGAAAGGUGCCAAUCAGGUUCAGCGGAGUUACGGUGAAGGCUGAUCUCUAUGCCUUACCUCUGGUUGGGCCGGAUGUCAUCCUAGGAGUACAAUGGCUCGAGGGGUUAGGCAAAGUGACCACUGACUAUCGUACAAGAAUUAUGGAGUUCAACGCCGGAGGUCAGCAAGUCACACUAAGUGCGGGCAAUGAAAAAGGUGCCAAAGAAGUAGGGCUUAAGAGUAAUGAGAAG